UCCAUUUUAUUUUAUUUUACAUCUCUUUUAUUUUAUUGUAUUAAUUUUCUUUCAUAUACUUCUUACACUCCUAUUGUGACUGUUCGUUUACCUAAUUUAAUUCAAUGAACAAGCAAAAUAAUGAGGAAGAAAUCAAUAAGAAGAGGAAGAAUUUUCGUACUUGUAGUGAAAAUCUACGAGGAGAAGAAGGAGAAGGAGAAGGAGAAGGAGAAGACGACGAUAACUUCUUGGAACUAAAAUUAAUGUCAUCCUUUCGUUCUAUUAGACCUCGAAUACAACCUCCUGAGAAUCCCUCAUCGUUAUUACCUCCUCCUAAUCCAUCUUACCUUCCACAACUCCCACAAGUUGCGAUUUUAACAUCAACUGUGCCAAAAAAUGAAGCCGGUCAUGCUCAAGUGCAGUCAAAGCGCAGAAGACGUAAGGCGGCAUGUAAGGCUAAUGCUAAAGUGAUGGUAGAGACCAUCACUCCUCCAUUUCCUUGGGCUACGAACAGUCUAGCCAUGGUCCACACGUUGGAAUACUUGUUCUCCAAGCAACUUUUUAUAAUAAGCGGAGACGUUCAAUGCAAGAGGUGUGAGAGGAAAUACAAUAUGGAGUUUGAUUUGAAAGAAAAGUUUUUCGAAAUUGGAAGUUACAUAGCGGAAAAUAAAAUCGAUAUGCGUGAGCGUGCCCCGGACAUUUGGAUGAACCCUCUCCUUCCUACUUGUCAAUUUUGUAAGCAAGAGAAUAGCGUAAAACCGAUUGUUUCUGCGGAUAAGAGAAACAUAAAUUGGUUGUUUUUGUUACUUGGUCAGAUGUUGGGAUGUUGUACUCUUGAUGAACUUAAGUUUUUUUGUGAACAUACCAACAAUCAUCGUACGGGUGCAAAAGAUCGUGUUCUUUUUUUGACAUACCUAACAUUGUGCAAGCAACUUGAUCCCAUUGGUCCUUUUGAUCGUUGAUACCUGACUCAAUCAAAAAAAGGCCUUUCAUUUUCCA